AUGUUGCCACCGCCUCGGAAGGUGAAGCCUUCAGUUCAACUGAAAGCAGUCCACAGUGAGCAGGUCUCAAAAUUACAGGCUAAACAUCAACAAGAAUGUGAUUUAUUGGAAGAUUUGAGGACAUAUUGUCAGAAGAGGUCAGCUUUAGAAAAAGAAUAUGCUCAGGGAUUAUUAAAGCUAGCUAACCAAUUAUUAAAGAGAGAAUUUCCAUCACAACCUGAUAGUGUCAGUUCAGAAGAUGGCAGAGAACACAAGACAGCCUGUACAGUAUGGCACACUAUACUGGAAGAAACAGAGAAACUGGCGAAAGCACGGCUCCAGGCAGCAGAAAUAUACAGUGAUAAAAUAGCUGAGCCUGUCAAACCUCUUAGAUCUAGUAAAGUUCAUUGUAUGAAAAAGGUGAUGCCCCAGUUAACAACAAUCCAAUCAGAAUUGUCCCACUCUGUAUCAGAGAUGGUGAAAUCCCAGAAGUUAUAUAACACAGAGGAAAGCCUGUCUCAUGAGGCUCGGCAGAAAUCAGCUGAAGCAGACGACAAAAAAUCUACUGGUAUAUUUCAAUCCUUAGCUAGCUUACAGAAAACAAGUGCUAAGUUAAAGAGUCGAAGAGAAGCAUGUGAAAUAAGAUCUACAGCCUGUCGUAAUGAUCAUAUAUUAAACUUAUCAGCAGCUAACGCCCAUCAGAUACGAUAUUAUAGUACAGAUUUACCAGAAUUAUUACAGAUACUAGAUGGUGAGGUUUAUGAGAAAAUUGAAGAAUACUUCUCUUUGAUUGGUCACACUGCAGCGGAUGUUAGCCAAUCAGAGACAGAGAGUUUCCGUAAUAUUGUCACACAGGCUGAAAAGAUAAGUCGACAGUACAGUUUACAAUGUUUUCUAUACCAGUAUCCUGUUUUUACCAAUUUAUUACAAUAUCAGUUUGAACCUUGUCAUCAAGAUCCGAUAACUAAAGUUAGUGGAGAUUACAAUGCAGCGCCUGAUCUUGAGAAAGAGGCUAAGAAAUGGGCAGCUAGGGUUGCCAAGGAAACAAAAUUAAUUCGGGAUUAUACUAGAUCUUUGAAAAUCAUCCAAUCUGCUGGCUCUUCAGAGAGGGUGAAUCCUGAACAAAAGUUAGAGGAGUUGAAACAGAACAUCAGGAAGGCAGAGGUAAAGCUUUUAUUCUUUCUAAUAUUUAUUGAUAUAGGUAUACAAAUAAUAGGUGUUUGUAGAUACACUUGGUUUAUUAACUCAAUGUUUGAAAUGCUCAUGCAGACAGUGAUAUCAAGGACAGAUCUAUUAGAAUGUGAAGAACCAACGUAUACCCAUUAUGAUGAUGAUGAUGAUUUUAUAGAUGAUACGUUUAACACUUCAGCUGAUAAUGAGGCUGUAUUUACUCACAGUUCUGGUACACAAUACCCUUUAAAAUGUCGCGCUCUGUAUGCGUUUGAUGCUUCCAAUUAUGAUGAAUUAACUAUACAAGCUGAUGAAGAAUUAGAGUUGGUUGCUAAUGGUGACGGCGAUGGUUGGGUCAAGGCACGAAAUAAAGAGGGUAAAAGUGGAUACAUUCCUGAAAAUUAUGUAGAUGUCAACAACACUGGGGUAAAAACUCCACCCACAGGUUCAGUGACAUCAGAGACAGAGGUGCAGAGUGAACCUCCAACCCCUGUAGCAACCCAACCUCCUGAUGUCCAGUCUCCAGUUACUGAGAUUCAACAUGAAACAACAUCCAGUUAUUCUUCUGAUAUAUGGGUAAGGGCCCUGUAUGAUUAUGAGGGACAGACAGCAGAGGAACUCCAGUUCCAAGAGGGGGCACUGAUUAAAUUAUUACGGAAAGAUCAUGGAGUAGAUGAUGGAUUCUGGGAAGGGGAAAUUAAUGGUAAAGUUGGAUUGUUUCCGUCUUUAGUUGUGGAAGAAAUAAGUCAAGAUGGCAUCUCAUUUGAUGUAAGUAGAUAUAGUUAA